AUGACGCCGUCGAGGCGCAUGCCGGCGAUGAUCGGCCGGAAUGGCAUGGCGUUUGGGUCCUCGUCGGCGCUGUCUUUGAGCCAGGUGACUAUUCCAGCUGACCUCUUAGACAGCCAUCACCUGCAGCAAGCGUUCCAACAGCAACUCUUUGAUCAGAUCCCAGCCGCCGCAGUGGAUAGCAGCGACAACAUCAUCCAUGGUCGCUCAGACACGCUGGUAGCAGAUGAAUUUGAGAGCAAGUCCUGCAGCGAGAAUCCCGAUGGCACCUCUGGCGAUGAUGGCCAGGAAGACCCCAACCAGCGGCCAAACAAGAAGAAGCGGUAUCACCGCCACACCCAGCACCAGAUCCAAGAGAUGGAGGCGUUCUUCAAGGAGUGCCCGCACCCGGAUGACAAGCAGAGAAAGGAGCUCAGCCAGGAGCUCGGCCUCGAGCCGCUGCAGGUCAAGUUUUGGUUCCAGAACAAGCGCACACAGAUGAAGAACCAGCACGAGCGGCAGGAGAACGCGCAGCUGCGUGCAGAGAAUGACAAGCUGAGAGCUGAGAAUAUGCGGUACAAGGAGGCGCUCGGCACAGCCUCCUGCCCCAGCUGUGGUGGCCCUGCCGCCCUCGGUGAGAUGUCCUUUGACGAGCACCACCUCCGUCUUGAGAAUGCUCGCCUCCGUGACGAGAUUGACCGGAUCUCGGGCAUCGCUGCCAAGCACGUCGGCAAGCCCAUGGUCUCCUUCCCGGUGCUCUCCAGCCCGCUUGCUGCCGCUGCCGCCCGAUCCCCACUUGACCUUGCUGGUGCCUACGGCGUCCAGCCUGCUGGCCUCGGCGCUGACCACCUAUUCGGUGUUGGAGCUGGUGCCGGCGAUCUGCUGAGAAGCGUGUCAACCGGCCAGCUCGACGCUGACAAGCCCAUGAUCGUAGAGCUGGCCGUUGCUGCCAUGGACGAGCUCCUCCGAAUGGCUCGGCUUGAUGCGCCGCUGUGGUGUGGGGGCGUGGCAGGGGUGCAGCUGGACGAGGAGGAGUAUGGUCGGAUGUUCCCGGGUGGGCUCGGGCCGAGGCAGUACGGGCUCCGUCCGGAGGCAUCUCGAGACAAUGCCGUCGUGAUCAUGACACGCGACAGCCUUGUUGAGAUACUCAUGGACGCGAACCGGUUUGCUGCAGUGUUCUCAAGCAUUGUGUCGAGGGCUUCUACACACGAGGUGUUGUCAACUGGUGUGGCAGGGAGCUAUAAUGGUGCAUUACAAGUGAUGUCAAUGGAGUUCCAGGUGCCGUCACCGCUGGUGCCGACGCGGGAGAGCUACUUUGUGAGGUACUGCAAGAACAAUCCUGAUGGAACGUGGGCUGUUGUCGAUGUGUCACUCGACAGCCUCCGCCCUAGCCCUGUUAUGAAGUGCCGGCGCAGACCAUCAGGAUGCCUUAUCCAAGAAAUGCCCAAUGGCUACUCAAAGGUGACCUGGGUGGAGCACGUUGAGGUUGAUGACAGAUCAGUGCACAAUCUCUACAGGCCUUUGGUCAAUUCAGGCCUCGCAUUUGGUGCAAAAAGGUGGGUUGGCACACUGGACCGACAGUGCGAGCGCCUUGCCAGUGCCAUGGCCAGUAACAUCCCCAACGGCGACCUCGGUGUGAUCACAAGCAUAGAGGGGAGGAAAAGCAUGCUGAAGCUAGCAGAGAGGAUGGUGGCGAGCUUCUGUGGUGGCGUGACAGCAUCUGCCGCGCAUCAGUGGACAACAUUGUCAGGGAGUGGUGCGGAGGACGUCCGCGUUAUGACCAGGAAGAGCGUGGACGACCCAGGCAGGCCGCCAGGCAUCGUCCUCAAUGCCGCCACCUCCUUCUGGCUACCCGUCCCACCCAAGAGGGUCUUUGACUUCCUCCGCGAUGAGACCUCACGCAGCGAGUGGGACAUCCUAUCCAACGGUGGUGCUGUUCAAGAAAUGGCUCAUAUUGCCAACGGCCGGGACCAUGGCAACUGUGUCUCCCUUCUUCGUGUCAAUAGUGCAAACUCGAACCAGAGCAACAUGCUGAUCCUCCAGGAGAGCUGCACCGACACAUCGGGCUCGUAUGUGGUGUACGCGCCGGUGGACGUGGUGGCAAUGAACGUGGUGCUCAACGGCGGGGACCCAGACUACGUGGCCCUGCUGCCAUCGGGCUUUGCUAUCCUCCCCGACGGACCACCGGGCAUGGCUCCCCAUGGAGAGGGCGCUGUCUUGGAGGCUGGCGGCGGUUCCCUCUUGACGGUAGCGUUCCAGAUCCUGGUGGACUCCGUGCCCACUGCGAAGCUCUCCCUGGGCUCUGUAGCGACUGUGAACAGCCUCAUCGCCUGCACCGUGGAGCGCAUCAAGGCUGCCGUCUGCGCAGAAGGCAACCCACAGUAG